UCAAUUUAGAAAAAAAUACAACAACCAAUCCUCACUUACUCAUCAACCAACAAGAACAAUCAAUUAUUCCUCAACUAUCAAAACAACAAUUAACCCUAAUGAAUCUUAGAAACUCAACCAAUAACAACCCAAACGUAGGUAAUAAUAUCAUCAUGCAUGCCGCAUGCAGAAAUAUGCCACCAAAACCAACACCAAAAUCAAAACCAUAACCAUUCAAUUGCCUCAUUAUUAUUCUUCCAUUUUUUUCCGACCAAAAUAAGUGUUUCUUAAAAUGUCCAAAUUUGAUCCAUACAGCCAUAUUGGAGUUGCUCUAAAUCCAGACGGUACCCUCACCCGGAACUUAAACUAUCCAACGGUUGAGGCGAAUCUAGAACCUUCUCCGGGAAGUUCUACCGUCUCAAAAGACAUAACCAUUAACCAUGAAAACAAAACAUGGGUUAGAAUCUUCCGACCAACGAAACUUCCUUCCAAUGACAACACCGUUGCAAGGUUACCAAUCUUUAUCUUCUUCCACAACGGUGGAUUCAUCCACUUUACACCGGCAAGCAACAAUGUCCACGGAAACUGCUCGCAAAUUGCGAGCGAAAUCCCGGCCAUUGUUGUCUCGGUUGGAUUUCGUCUCUCGCCGGAGAACCGGCUCCCGGUGGCGUACUAUGAUGGCUGCGACGCCGUUUUGUGGGUGAAGGAACAAGUGGCUGACCCUAAUGGGGAACAAUGGCUAAGGGAUUAUGGUGAUCCUUCAAGAUGUUACCUCUAUGGGGUUGGAUGUGGUGGCAACAUUGUUUUCAACACCGCAAUUCUUCUUCUAGAAGAGAAUUUGGAUCCUCUAAGAAUUGGUGGUAUCAUCAUGAAUCAACCAAUGUUCGGUGGGGUAAAAAGGACAGCCUCGGAGCUUAAGUUUGCAACAGAUCAAUUGUUACCAUUGCCAGUGUUGGAUUUGUGUUGGGAACUUGCUCUGCCCAAAGAAACUAACCGUGACCAUAGAUAUUGUAACCCUAUGAUAAAAGGGCCACACUUUGAAAAUGUUAAGAAGUUGGGUAGGUGUCUUGUUAUUGGGUUUGGUGGUGACAUUAUGGUUGACAAGCAACAAGAGUUUGUGACCAUGUUGGUUAAAUGUGGGGUUCAAGUGGAAGCAAGGUUUGAUCAAUUAGGGUUCCAUAGUAUUGAUAUGGUAGACCCUCUGAGGUUUAGUGCGGUUAUGAAUAUUGUCAAGGAGUUUAUCCUUUAAUUUGAUGAGUUUUAACUAAUGCUUUUUUAUUAAUUAGUGGAGUUAAUUAUUAUUCAUCAUAUAUGGUACUUGAUUUUG